AUGGGUAUCUCAGCCCGCCUAUUGCGCCUGGGAAGGCCGCAGAGAUUCCUUUACUCCAUGUCGCUCUCCACUGGCGCAAGUCUAAUCACCCUCUCGCUCGUCCUCAAUAAACUGUCCGGCCUCUAUGGCAUCCUCGCCCUCCUCACGGGAUAUCAUCUCUCAACUUUCCAAUUGUCCAUGUACAUUUAUUCCAUCUUCGCCUUGGGCCUAACCGUCUACCUCUCCCCUCACAUCCGCAAGCAGUCGCCUUUACAUUGCCUCGCUCUUGCGUGGUUCUACGUUCUUGACAGCAUCAUCAAUGCCGCCUUCACUGCCGCCUUCGCUGUAACAUGGUUUCUGGUUCUGGCGCAGCACAAUGCAGGACAAACUGGUGAUAACAAAGGUCCUGGCGCUGGAACUAUGCAGGAUACCGCGGGGUUUACGGAUCCGGUUCUGAAUGUCAGCAACGUCGAAGUUAUUGCGUCGCCCCAGCCGGGUAUCCCUGGUGGACAGGAUGCUGUUGCUGCCGCCGUGCCCGCCUCAGCUCCUGCAGGCACUUCGGGAAGCAAUGCUGGAGCGGAGCUGAAGAAUGCAGUCCUUGGGGCUGAAAGCAUGAACUCCAUCGGUGUUAUCAUCACUCUAUGGACCAUUCGCGCCUAUUUCUGCCUCAUCAUGCUCGCCUUUGCGAGAAUGGUUCUUCGACAACACAUCGCAAAUUCCACCUUCAAGCCGACAACGUCCUACACCAGUGCGUCCACCGAUGCCAACCUCGCAGAGAACCCAUUCUCUGAAUCCAAGCCCGACGGCCAAGGAUGGAAAGGCAAGCUGGGCCGCUUCAUGGUCAGCAUUGGCCGAAGCUACUGGUUGGGGUCCGACGAGGACGACUCCUGGAUGUAUGGCAUGAAGUUCCGCCGCAGUACAGAGGCCGGCACCAUGCUGAGCAAGAUCGAGUCUGGCCCAACCGAGAGAGAGCGGAGACGACGUUCUGGAACAGGACCACCGCUUCCCACACCCGGCUCCGUGCCCUUGUUAAAUACUAAUGUCUCCGGGAAAGUCGUUGGUGCUGCCAUUGCGACUGGAAAAGAUGGUGAUGCCGCUAUGACGCUGCAAGUGCCCAGUCAGAAUCUGUAG